AUGCAGAGAUUAAAGAAGAAUUCUUUAUAUGCCUGGUUCAUGCAUCAAAAAAAUAAAGUUAUGGAUGCCUCUUUAGGCUCCUCUGACAACGUUGACAAGAGAAAUGACCCAUAUGAAUUGACAUCAGGAAUCUAUGACGGAGCCACCUAUGAAAGCACUGCCCUGAAUGAAUUGACAUCAGAAACCUAUAAGGAUGGCAACAAUGAAACCACUGCCCCGAGUGAAUGGACAGCAGCGUCCUCUGAAGGACUCUCCAAUGCAAACAGCAAGAUUAAGAGAAUUGUGUACUUGAUUGUAUCAUCCUUCACUUUCAGAAUAUUUGGAAUUUUGCUGAUCUUUGUGGAUGUGUCGCUCAUCAUUACAGACAUAGUUGUCUCUGAUAGCACGAUGUAUAUUCCUUUGGAAUAUCAUUCAGUUUCUUUAGCUAUUGCUUUAUUUUUUCUCAUGGAUGUUUUUCUUCGAGUAUUUAUAGAAGGGUUGACAAUUAUUUUACGACCUGUACGACUUAUCAUUCUGAUAAGGGUUUUUCAUCUGGCUCAUCAAAAAAGACAUCUUGAAAUGCUGACCAGGAGGAUGGUUUCAGGAAACAAACGGCGAUACAAGAAGGAUGGAUUUGACUUAGACCUCACUUACAUUACUGAGCGUAUCAUUGCCAUGUCAUUCCCGUCUUCUGGAAAGCAGUCUUUAUAUCGGAAUCCCAUUAAGGAAGUUGUACGGUUCCUGGAUACCAAGCAUCAAAACCACUACCGAGUCUACAAUCUCUGCAGUGAAAAAGCUUAUGAUGCUAAGUACUUCCAUGAUAGGGUCCGUCGAUACAUGAUUGACGAUCACAAUGUCCCCUCUUUGAGUGAGAUGGUGGCGUUCUCCAAGGAAGUAAAAGAGUGGAUGGCUCAAGAUGAGGAAAACGUCACAGUGAUUCACUGUAAGGGGGGCAAAGGAAGAACUGGAACUAUGAUCUGUGCCUACCUUCUUGCCAGCGAAAUAUUUGCCACUGCAGAGGACAGCCUUUAUUAUUUUGGAGAACGACGAACAGAUAAAUCCACCAGCAGUAAAUUUCAGGGAAUAGAAACUCCUUCUCAGAACAGAUUUGUUGGAUAUUUUGCAAUGGUGAAAAAUACCUACAAUUUGACUCUUCCUCCAGUGAAAAAACUCACGAUGAAAAAAAUCAUUAUUUAUUCAAUUCGUGGCAAUGGAAAGGAUCUAAAAGUACAAAUAAUAAUGCAGCGAAAGCCUGUCUUCUUCUGUUCUGCUUCCAAAAACUGCAGGAUAGUUCAUGAUGCUGAAACAGACAGAGUAAUAAUCAAUCCAUCCAACUGUCCACCUCUGUAUGAUGAGGUGAAAGUGAAAUUUCUCUCUUCUUCGGAUCUUCCUAAAUACUAUGACGACUGUCCAUUUUUCUUUUGGUUCCAUACAUCCUUUAUACAAAAUAACAGGCUUUAUCUUUCAAGAAGUGAACUGGAUAAUCCCCACAAACCAAAAGCAUGGAAAAUUUACCGUCCAGAGUUUGCAGUCGAGGUGUAUUUUGAUGAUGUUAAGUUGUAGCUGGUAUCUGAUUUAGUUCCCCUUCUAGGCUAGAAUCAUGUUCUUCCCAAUCCUUGCUUCCUAUUUAUAUCUUUUAAACCAAUUUCCUUGCUGAUAUAUUUACAUAUAUAUACAUAUGUUCUUGAGAACGGUAUUAAAUAUAUACAAGGGAGAAUG